ACAGCCAAACAAACCGUCAGGCCGCAUACGCUUAGAACGUACAUUAACAAUAUUAAACUAGCUUCUUUUAAAGUGUUAAUCAAAUCGACGGAUUGUUGCAGGGGGUUUUAUUCGUCAUCUUUCUCAAAUAUUUUUCGUUUUUUAAGUAGGUGAUUUAGUUUUAAAUGGCUGUUAAAAAGAAGGAAGCAGCUUUACAGGUAUCUAUCUCAAAUCAAACACAAUGGGAGAAAAUGCUGUCCACCACAGGAUUGACAGUUGUGGAUGUUUACCAAAAGUGGUGUGGUCCCUGUAAAGCUAUUGUCAGACACCUGAGAAAAGUAAAAAACGAGCUGGGUGAUGUUCUACUGCAUUUUGCCACCGCUGAGGCAGACAGCAUUGAAGAUUUGAAAAUGUAUCGUGGGAAAUGCACUCCCACCUUCCUGUUUUAUGCAGGUCAGCACAGCUACUGUUGGUGAAGGCAGGGCACAUCCUGAGCAGGUCGCCAAU